GUCUGUGUGUGUGUGUUUCUUGCAUUGAGUCUGGAAAGUGCUUCGCGCCCUUUGUCGCCUCUAAUUUUGUACCUUCGGAGUUUAGGACAGCUUCAUUGAUUUGCGUUUAAUAUAUUCCUUUUUCGCAUUUUUCUCUGAGUACACCUCGAUGCAGGUUUGCUUGCUUGCUUGUUUUUCAGUACACCUCGCAGGCUGCCGUCCUGUUUAGUACCCUGGAAAGCCUGCUUGUUACCCAUGCUGCUAGCGUUCUGUCUGCCUCUCCGUAGUUCUUUUGCGUGUGGUAUUCAAAUUGUACUUUUCAUUUCUAUUUUAAUAAAAUGUUGUCUCCCUCCUUUUGUGACAGAGGCCUUAAAGGCCAGGAUCCCAGACACAACACGUGCCACUGGAUCUCCAGAAACUCAUCCACUUUUAGAAAGCAAACUUAAAGCAUUCAGUAUUGGCAAAAUGAGUGCUGCGAAGAGAACCUUAAGCAAGAAGGAACAGGAGGAGUUGAAAAAGAAGGAAGAUGAAAAGGCGGCAGCAGAAAUUUAUGAAGAGUUCCUUGCUGCAUUUGAAGGAAGUGAUGGCAAUAAAGUGAAGACGUUUGUCAGAGGAGGAAUUGUUAAUGCUUCUAAAGAAGAGCAUGAAACAGAUGAAAAACGAGGAAAAAUCUACAAACCUUCAUCACGAUUUGCAGAUCAAAAAAGUCAGCAGAAUCAGUCAUCCUCUAAUGAGAGGCCUCCAUCCCUUCUGGUUAUAGAAACCAAAAAACCACCUUUGAAAAAGGGGGAAAAAGAAAAGAAAAAGAGCAAUUUGGAGCUUUUUAAAGAAGAAUUGAAACAAAUUCAAGAAGAACGCGAUGAAAGGCAUAAAACCAAAGGUAGAUUGAGUCGUUUUGAGCCCCCUCAAUCAGAUUCAGAUGGCCAGCGCCGUUCCAUGGAUGCGCCUUCAAGAAGAAACAGAUCUUCAGUACUGGAUGACUAUGCUCCAGGUUCACAUGAUGUAGGAGAUCCUAGUACAACAAAUUUGUACCUUGGAAACAUUAAUCCCCAGAUGAAUGAAGAGAUGUUAUGUCAAGAAUUUGGACGCUUUGGACCUCUAGCAAGUGUCAAAAUUAUGUGGCCAAGAACUGAUGAAGAAAGAGCAAGAGAGAGGAAUUGUGGAUUUGUUGCCUUCAUGAACAGGAGAGAUGCGGAACGUGCACUAAAGAAUUUAAAUGGCAAGAUGAUCAUGUCUUUUGAAAUGAAACUUGGCUGGGGCAAAGCUGUUCCUAUUCCUCCACAUCCUAUAUACAUUCCUCCUUCAAUGAUGGAACAUACUCUCCCGCCACCACCUUCAGGACUACCAUUUAAUGCUCAGCCCAGAGAGAGGUUGAAAAAUCCUAAUGCUCCUAUGUUGCCACCACCAAAAAACAAGGAGGAUUUUGAGAAGACUCUGUCGCAAGCCAUAGUCAAAGUGGUUAUCCCAACAGAAAGGAAUUUGCUUGCGCUGAUACAUCGAAUGAUAGAGUUUGUGGUGCGUGAAGGACCUAUGUUUGAAGCCAUGAUUAUGAAUAGAGAAAUCAACAAUCCAAUGUUCAGGUUUUUAUUUGAGAACCAGACUCCAGCCCAUGUAUAUUACAGAUGGAAGCUUUAUUCAAUUCUACAAGGUGAUGCACCAACCAAAUGGAGGACUGAAGACUUCCGUAUGUUUAAGAAUGGUUCAUUUUGGAGACCACCUCCUUUAAACCCAUAUCUCCAUGGGAUGUCAGAAGAACAAGAACCCGAAGCAUUUGUAGAGGAGCCUAGCAAGAAGGGUGCACUUAAGGAAGAACAGAGGGACAAGUUAGAGGAAAUCCUGCGUGGAUUAACACCGCGUAAGAAUGAUAUUGGAGAUGCAAUGGUUUUCUGUCUUAAUAAUGCUGAAGCUGCUGAAGAAAUUGUAGACUGCAUUGCUGAAUCACUGUCCAUCUUGAAAACUCCACUUCCUAAAAAGAUUGCAAGAUUAUAUUUGGUUUCCGAUGUGUUGUACAAUUCUUCAGCAAAAGUUGCCAAUGCUUCAUAUUACAGAAAAUUUUUUGAAACAAAGCUGUGUCAGAUAUACUCUGAUCUGAAUGCUACCUACCGAACAAUACAAGGCCAUUUACAGUCUGAAAAUUUUAAGCAACGGGUAAUGACAUGCUUCAGAGCAUGGGAAGACUGGGCGAUUUAUCCAGAACCAUUUUUGAUCAAACUGCAGAAUAUUUUCUUGGGGCUUGUAAAUAUUAUUGAAGAAAAGGAACCAGAGGAAGUACCUGAUGAUCUCGAUGGAGCUCCCAUUGAAGAAGAGCUUGAUGGUGCUCCACUAGAAGAUGUAGAUGGAAUUCCAAUUGAUGUUGCUCCAAUUGAUGAUCUUGACGGAGUCCCUAUUAAGACACUUGAUGAUGACCUCGAUGGUGUACCCUUGGAUGCUGCUGAAGAGUCUAAAAAGAAUGAGCCGAUUUUCAAAGUUGCUCCUUCAAAGUGGGAAGCAGUGGAUGAAUCUGCUCUUGAAGCUCAAGCGGUAACAACAUCAAAAUGGGAGCUAUUUGACCAGCAUGAGGAAUCUGAGGAGGAAGAAAAUCAAAACCAAGAAGAAGAAAGUGAAGAUGAAGAAGAUACUCAGAGUUCAAAAUCUGAAGAGCAUCACAUGUAUACCAAUCCUAUUAGAGAAGAAAUGUCUGAUUCAAAGUCUUCAAGCAAGUACUCAGAAAUGAGUGAGGAAAAACGUGCCAAACUCCGAGAAAUUGAGCUUAAGGUGAUGAAGUUUCAAGAUGAAUUAGAAUCCGGGAAAAGACCCAAGAAACAAGGGCAGAGUCUUCAGGAGCAGGUUGAACAUUAUCGUGACAAACUGCUCCAGAGAGAGAAGGAAAAGGAAUUGGAGAGAGAAAGAGAAAGAGAUAAGAAGGACAAAGAGAAAUCUGAAUCCAGAGCCAAAGAGAAGAAGGAAAAAGAGGAAUGUACGCCAACAAGAAAAGAGAGGAAAAGGCGACACAGCACAUCACCUAGUCCAUCCCGUAGCUGUGGAAGUAGGCGAGCCAAAUCACCAUCGCCGAAAUCGGAGCGCUCAGAACGAUCUGAAAGAUCCCACAAAGAAAGCUCACGUUCCAGAUCCUCUCACAAGGAUUCCCCCAGAGAUGCCAGUAAAAAAGCCAAAAGGUCACCGUCUGGCUCAAGGACGCCUAAAAGAUCAAGAAGGUCACGAUCCAGGUCACCUAAAAAGUCAGGGAAAAAAUCCAGGUCUCAGUCUCGUUCUCCACACAGAUCCCACAAGAAGUCAAAGAAGAGCAAACACUGACAAACUGUUAAUUUUUAUGAUGCUGUCACUUACUGGAAAUGCAGUUUUGUUUUUGUGCCUGAACAGUCCGUUUAAAAAACAAAACAAAACAAAAAAAGCAUUCCUAUUUUUUUUUGUGAAUGCACGUGUAUACUUAUGAGUAACUGCAUCGGUGAAUCUGUCAUUGUUUUAUAUUGUACAAAAUACCUUCAUUGUGGCUACUUCCCAAGAUGAGAUUUUGUGUUUAGAAACUUCAUCUGAAAUGUGUGUAACUGAUCUGCUGGCAGUAGUGAUAUUUUGUUUUAGAACGUUGUGAGUUAGGAAAAAAGUGAAACCACAGUUGUUUCCCUCAUCCCCCUUUUUUGUAGCUUUGACAACUUGAAUUAGAUUUCAAAUAAAAUCUGAAAAGAAAAAGUAAAAA